GGAGGAGCAGCAAAGUUGGCCAGUGUCUCUUGUCUGGUUCCCUGCAGGCUGGGGGCAGGAAGGCCUCCCUAAACAAGCAGGCGGGAACACAUAUAGCCCGGAGUCGGAUUGUUGCCUCUCAGCACUUGCUCCUCUGGCCACAGCAGGAACAAGAGGCUCCUGGAAAACCUCUGUUCCUUGCCAGCUCUUCCAUGAGCAUACCCUGGUCCUGGGGCCUAAGAUCUCUCCAUGCAGGAGCAGUCACGAACUCAGAAGGCAGCAGCAAUGCUGGCCACACCACCCACCCCACCGCCUCCGGCCCUGCCGCCCAGCCAGCCACUGGUCCCUUCACUGCCAGUGUUCGUGGGCCACGCAAAACAACCAAGCAAGGAACUCAUUAAGCCCAAAGCAAUUUUGGGGCGCCCAGUAGAGAGACCCAUGGAGGCUGCUGCUGCUGCUGCUGCUGCUGCUGCUGGUGCUGCUGACGAGUGUCCGGGACCGGAUGCCAGGGGAGCUGGAGUCAAAAACCAUCGCUGUCAGCGGAUCCGAGCCAGCCGAGAAGCAGGCUCACGGUUUGCCAUGGAGGGCUUGGACGAUAAACUGAUCCUGAACGUGGGGGGCAUGCGCCAUGAGACCUACAUCAGCACUGUGCGGGCUUUUCCAGGCACCCGUCUCUACAAGUUGACAGAGCCACCCCCACCUGGCACCACAGCUGCUCAGGGUCCACCCGUUCGAGAGUUUUUCUUUGACCGAAACCCUGAGCUCUUUGGCUACGUGCUGGGCUACUACCGUACUCGGCAACUACACUGUCCUGCCAACGUUUGUCGGGAUGUCCUAGAGGAGGAGUUGGCUUUUUGGGGUCUGGAGGAAGCACCUCUGGCACCUUGCUGCUGGCUCAAAUUGAGUGGCAAGGAGACCAGAACCCAGGACUUUUUGUCUUGGGAAGCCUGUGAGAAUGCCCAUAUGGAUGAGCGCCUCCUGCUGAACCCCAUCGAAGGCCAGGGACUGCGGAAUGCUUGGAAGCCAUGGCUCUGGGUGCUUCUUGACCAACCCCAGUCUUCCCUAGGGGCCAAGUGCCUUUCCCUGAUCUCCACACUCUUUGCCGUGUGUGCUCUGGUCAUCUUCUUCCAGGAGACGGAGGUCCAGCUGGAUUACUUCUCUGCCAACUUCACUCCUAUGGGACACGGGGUGGGGGGAGGGGGAAGCCAUCAGCAGCACCAGAACAAUGGUCUCGUUUACCGUCGUGCCCCGCACCUGCUCUACCUGGAACUGCUCUGUGCCCUUUGGUUCGGAACUGAGCUCUUUGCCCGGGCCAUUUCCUGCCCUGAUAAGGUGCGCUUCCUGUGUAGCCCUCUCAAUCUAGCCGACAUCUUCUGUCUGUUCCCUGUGCUGGUGGAAUUGGUGGUAGGUGACAAGGCUGAACGGCAACCCCAUCUCAGCCUAACACUUGGGGCCAUUCGUUCUCUCUAUGUCCUCAAGCUCGUUCGUUUUCUGGGCUUCUUCGAAAAGUCCCUGGCCAUGAGAGUCCUGGUUCAUACCCUCCAUUCUUCUUGGAAGGAGGUAUGUGCCUUUCUCCUGAUUUGGGUGGCUGAGAUCUUAUUCUUUGGCUUGCUUUUCCUCUAUGCAGAGCUCCUGGGCAUGUCCACCCCAGGUCAGGGUGAGCCCCACUUUGGAGACAUAUUUACAUGUCUCUGGUGGACUGUCAUAACUCUCACCACUGUCGGCUAUGGAGACGUAUACCCCCUCUCUGCUCUGGGCCAACUCACUGCUGCUGUCACAGCCACUGUGGGCAUGUGCACUGGUGUCUUGCUGGUGCCUGUGCUCCUGGUCCGCUUCCAACGUUAUUAUGCUGUAGCCCUGGCUCGCCAAAAACUGAGGCCCAGUGGGAUCCUGUAAUGUGGCCCAUUGAUCAAGAGGGGUGGACUCCCACCUUCCCUGCCUUCCUCUUGCAGGUUUUUGGUUACAGAUAAGGGUUUAUGGUCUUGGAUUUGGCAAAGAAUCCUUCAAGAGUAAUUCCAGGUCAUGGCAAUCUCUGCUAGUCAGGAUUAGCUAGUUGUGGCCUGAAGGGUAGAAUCAUCAGGGAGGAAUCCUGAUGGAAGGGGCUUAGGGGCAAGGUCAGCUAGGCCUCAACUCCCCUCUGCCCAACCCUAGGCCCUUCUCUUAAUCCUGGAGUAGCCAGGAAGGAUAGAGGAUAGCUCUUCCUGGAUUGGUGCUAUAUCCCCCUCUCAACCAGUUCUCUCCUCCCAUCCCUUCAUCCCUGUCCCCCAUCCCCCCAACUAGACCAUAGUUUAGAUGGGGGACUUUUGAGUGAUGGUAGCAAUAGGAUUUUAACAUCAGUUACCUAUGGAUAUCAAUGGUGAUUGACUGUGGGUAUCAACACAACUGUCUGUGGAUAUUUGACAGCAACUGGUUAUGAGUAUUGAUGGCAAUCCAUACCAGCAGUGCCCAGGCAUAGCCAGAUUGUAGCAUUGUUCACUAUACUAGUCCUGGGACAAAUGCUCCUUAGAGCAAUAAGGAGGUCUUUGGAGAUUCUCAGAGACUCCAAACAGAUGCAGGUUAGUCAGGCCUGAACCUGUAGAUGCACACUAACUCCAUGACCUCCUCUUCAUCCCAUUGUAUCUUUCUCCAUUCCUCCCUUCUCCUUCCCACCUCUGUGAUUUUUUUCAUAAUAUUUUAGAUAUAGUAUUAACCACCAUUAACCACAAUAUAUUAGUUAAUAUUAGCCACACUAUCUCUGCUACAAUAACAAUAUAUAGUCACUAAUAGACAUGAAAUGUUAUCGCCGCACAUUGCAUAGACAGGAAUGAGGAAACUGGAUUGUGGACAAGAAUAAGCAAGUGGUUUCCUCUUCCAGAUUUUUAAAAACAUACUUUUGGAUAUACUCAUUUACAAUUCUUUUUCAUUUUUUCCAAACACUUUUCAGUACCCACAACGGGUCUACCUCCAAUCCUUGCUGCUAUUGAACAGUCCCACCUUCCAACCUCCUAUUCUCCUCCCUCUUCUCACCCCCCUUCUUCUUCUACUACCUGCAUGCUCUUCUUCUACUACCUGCAUGCUCUUUGGUUCCUGUGGUGCCAAAAACCAUGCACCUCCCUUGGAACUGGCUUUGAGGAGGGAGAGAAGGGAGCUCCUCAAGUCUGACUUCAAGUGAAGCCACUGGGGUUUCUGAGGAAGUGCUCCAGGCAACUGGGCUGAGCUGGGAGGUUGAAUUGAACUCUCACUGUUACUGAAGCUGUGAGCGUAAUUCUGUUUACAAAACUUUUAAAUAAAAUAUUCUUUGAAGUCUUCA